CGGCCGCCGCGCCGCACCACUAUUUCCCCCACCCGAAACGCGAGCGACGAGACCUACGCCGGCACGCCAACUAGUUUUCCGUACAAAACCAUUAUUACGCUAAUACGCACGACCGGACGCGACACCAAGUAAUAGUCACAGUCCGCAACCGGCGUCUGUACCGACCAGUUUUCGCGCCGUUCCUACGAGAUUGAAAAAAAUAAAAUAUUAAUCAAUUAAUUUGUUGUAAAAAAAAACCUUUUGGCCAUUUCGAUUUUCUCUUCUAUCCGAACACGGCAAAUAACCCACCCGCCCAACUGUUGUAAAUUUUACAGGCGCCACCGCACCAGACCACCAUAUUAACGAUGUCCGACGAAUGGGGAUACGAAGAAUUUAACGGUAGGUUAUACAUUUAUUACUUUUUAUUUUUCCUCCUUAAAUAUUAGACGGUACAUUAUUAUUAGUAAUUAUUAUUCGUAAUAAGUGUCUCGUUUCAUAAAAAAAAAAAAAAAAAAGCCGCUAUGGCCCCGGAAAGUCGGUAUUGUAACAGUUAAGUAGGUAUGAAUUUUGCGUCGCCCUGAUGCCGUGGCCGGUUGUGCGUAGUGUGUGCCGGCGGCGACGUUAUUAUCAUUAUUAUUGGUAUUGUUAUUAUAUUUCUUUUCUUUUCUUUUUGCCGUCACGAUAAUUUUAUUUAUGUAUUGUUGUUGUUGUUGUUGUUGUUGUUGCGGUUCUGUACCUACCGUCCGACAAACCAGUUUCUUUUUCCCCCUCCUCCUGAUUGUAUCGGUCGUAUCGUAAAUCUAAUAUUAGGCAUAAGGUAUUUUGGCGCGGUCCUGUCGCCGGCAUUAACUCGUUUUGAAAAAAAAAAACAACAACAACGAUACCUAUUAUACCUAUAGUGAUAUCGUUAUUUGGUUUACUGUACGACGGCGACGACAAAAUUAAAACCUGCGAUAUACUAUCUAUUGUAUAUCGCGGGCGUAUUAGCCGGGGUCGGUUUACAUUCGGCGCGUCGAAAUUUCAGAGAAAAAAAAAAAAUUAUCGGUAGGUGGUAAACGUUCUGUCGGAAUACGAACGUAGGUACCGUUUAUCGUAACUUAAAGUGCGUAGAGUUUAACGCCAGGUGAAAAACGCUAGGAGUUUAACGCCAGGUGUAAACGAUAAAUCGAAAUAUCGUCGACCGUUAUUCGCCCGUUUAAAGGCCGCCGUUAAAACGAUUAUAAUAUUACGGAGCGAUAAUAAUAUUGUAGUUGGUUGUAUUUUUGUUUUUUUUUCGGAGCAAGUGAAAGCCAGGAAGCAAAAAUAGAAGAAAGAAAAGUCAAUGGCGUGUUAUUCCUAUGAUAGUACACGGUACCAGCAGCUAUCCCUCUACUUUUACUUUUGGCCGUGUAAUAUUAGGUACGACGAUAGGCGAUAGGUAGGUUAUCCUACCUAGGAUAACGUCGACAAUAAUAAUGUGUUGGCGUUAAAUUUCGAUUAUUGUUAUCGGAAACCGUGGCAGUGGUUAAUCACGGAUAUUAUAAUAAUAUUAUAUUGGUAUAGACGGCCGUGCGCGAAAAUUAAAAUAUCAUAUUUAUCCCCGUUCCGCGAAUCGAUGUUUUGUUCUAAUAGUACAACAUUAUCGUCGUCGGAAGUAUCUCGUUCGAUCGGAUAACAAUAAUAUAGUAAUAUACUCGGGUCGGGUGUCUCGAUUAUAAAUGUCCUUUCACGCAUAUGCGAUCCGAUUUUUAGUGUUCCGAGCCGAGACUUUUUUCAUUCGCAUUUUCAUCAUGACUGAAUUUAGCGCCGAAUAAUUAAUUGUAACGGCACUUUUGCUCGAUGAAGAACAAGAUAAUUAUUGUAAAACAAUUAAAAACCGAAAAAGAACUGCGUGGGUUCAUGAUCUCUGGAAAAAAAGGAAAACUGAAGGUGAAUUCACAAUGUACAUUGGACUUAUUGACGGCGAGUCAAAGUUUUAUGAAUACUUCCGUGUGUUCCAAUACCAGUCGGAACGUGUUCAUACAUAUCUGAUUCGACAUCGGCCCGUUAAAAACCGACCGGCUCGGACGAAAAUUGGUCACUGACAAUAUUUUUUGGUCGGAGAAAGCUCGGAAUGUUCGGAGAGGACUCGGAUCGGACGAGUGUGAAUGCACACGUUGAAAAACAAGAAGUUUAUAUUCCUAAAAAAACGGAUGGCCGGUUGGAUCUGACUCGGAACGGAUACGUGUGAAGUGUGAAAGGACUUUAAACGGCACGCCGGUAUUAUCCCGAACGGUUAGGUUAGGUUAGGUGGCUCCUCGGUUUUUUUUUUCCUAUACGUGAAUCCGAAUUUUGCCGUUCUAGCGUUUCUUUUCGUUCCGGAUUUCAUCUCUCCAAAUACUGCCGGUCCGUGUGGGGCCCGUAAUGCUGCUAUACGUCCCACAAAACGGGCGCCUACGUAGGCAAUUACGUUGCAUACCCAUAGCUAAAUAAUUAUUGUAGGGCGUGGUGUUUAUUUGAUAUCUGUUGGAUAGUGCUAUCCAUCAGAAACGAUAAACACCGAGACAAAAAUAUCCUAUACUGAAAUAUACGUUCAGAGUAUUUUUUUUUCACAUUAUUAUAAUAAAUGAAUUAUACGCGUGACUAAAUUGUUCAAAUAUUCGGUAUAUUUUAAUAUUGUAUACACGAAAUAUGUCUUAAAAUAUACAUAUAUAACACGUUUCCAGUAGGUUUACCUCCCUCCCCUCCGGUAUAAAUAUUCUAAAUGUCACAAUCGCGUACCUAAUAUUUUGCAAUGAUUAAAUUGAUUCAGGGUACUCGUGAGAACAAAGUACCCCAUUUUAUUUUCACGGCAGAACUCUUUUUGAAGUGCGCCAUCUAAAUCGUCAACGUCAAUUUUAGCGAUUUUAUGAACAAAGGCCAAAUAGCUCGGUAAAUUUAUGUCUUCCUGUCCUUAAUUUUGUUCAAUACACGCGUUUUCAUGGACCGUUUUUUCGUUUUAAAAUCCUGUACAGAUAGGUACAACAUAAUAUUAUGUUAUAAUAUUUCAUUUACUUGUUCUCCUCGUCGAAUAUCGGUAGAACGAAACGCGUCAAACAAUAAUUUGUUUAUGGUAUCUCAUUUCAAUGUUUAUCAUAACAUCAUUCAUGUCAUAUCAUAUAUAUACUUUUUGAAAUAUAACAAUAAAAAUAUGUAUUAUAGAAUUCGCAAUUUACAAAAAAAAAAAAAAAAACAAACAAUAUUGACUACGCUAUACACUAAAAACCGCUGACAUUUGCAUGGCAUAUAUUAUAUUCUCGGGUAAAAAUUUUUCACGAAUUUAUAACACGUUUAUAUUUAUUAAAUCUAACCGGUUUUUUUUCUAUAUAUGUGUAAUAUAUAUAUUGUAUAUUGUUCAAUUUUUUGCUCUUUCACGAGCAUGCCAAACUCUGUGGGGGUAUUCAACUUUUUGCCGCUUUCUGGUUAAUUUUUUUCACCGUUUCCACCGUUCGUAGUUUCAAUGAAAAAAUAAAAUAAAACUAUAUAGGUAUUCUAAUCUUUAAAAAUUAUUUUGUUUUUUCUUUAUACAAGUUUUCAACAUUUUCAAUAAAAUGUUUACAAGCCGAAAUUACCAAAAAUUACCGCCUUAAGUUUUCCAGCCCACUUAGCCUGACGUUAAUCUUCCAUUAGCUAAAAACCACUUGUGUGAAAAUCACAGACAUUAUAUUUUGCAAUUUUUGCUGUAUUUUGCUAUUUCAUAAAAUAUUAAAAUAUUGGUUAAAGUCCAAUAUUAUUUUUAUUUGCUAUUACUUAUGUUAUUCAAAGUUAAUGUACCUUUACUUGGUGAUAAUACAAAUUUAAUCCUAAUCAACUGUUCGGUUUUUACGUGAGAAUUACACUGCGUAAUAAAUUUGAUGGGUACCUAUAGAAUUUUAAGUCACUAUAUAUAUAUAUAAACUAAAACAAAUUGACAUUUUAUAAUUUUAUUUCAAUUUGGUGUUUGAUGUAUAAACUGUAGUUUAAGGCUUGAAUAUUUUUUUGAAAUUGUAUGCUGAAAAAACUUUUCGAUAUGAUUGCAACUUUUUAUCGGGGUUACAACUAUUACAAAGCUGUAUAAGCAGCUCUCUGGUUGUCGGUAAAUAAAUAAUUAUUUAGGUGUUGCUAUUUUUUUUAAUAAAAAUUAAUUAUAAUCUUCACCAUUAUUCUCGUUACCUAUGUAUAGUGAUUAAUCACAAUGUCGUAGGUAUUGCACAGAUUGAUCAGAGUUUGCUUAGUUAAAAAGAAAAAAAUUUCACCGUCAACGCUGCUUUGUUUCCAUUUUUAAUGCGCAUUGUAUUGCACCAAAGAACAAUUAAAGGAUAAAACAAGAUUUACUAAACUUUUUUAAAUAUUUGAACAAAAAUUGCUAUUUUACUCUUUAAUAAUUUUCAUAUUUGUUUGUAAAUCUCUAUUGAGGUACAUACUUACGAUUUUCUGUCAUGAUAUUUGUCUAAUAAAAUGUUUUAAAAAAAAAAUAUGAAAUAUUAAUUGAAUUUAUAAAAAGGUUUUUCUUUUUUUUAAUUUGACCAUUUAUUAUUUUAUUAGUCUAGACGGCUUUUUUUAUCUGUUAAUUGGCUGAAGUUUGUAAGUCUGUGGCUGUGUAGUGUAUACCUAUACCUAAUACUCUAUAGUGAACAAUCGAAAAGUGGAAACGAUUUUCAUAUUUUAUUAUUGCUGUUUACUAGCUUUUUAGAGUUUAAUAACUCAUUAUUUACUAACACCAUAAACAAAUAAUAAUUAUUAUUUAAACAGUUUUAGUUUUACAAAUAAAUUAAUACAAUUUUGAUUUACCCUAUAAUCUUAUCUCUCGACUGUCGGAAACGGUCGUGUGCAGAUGACUUCCACGAGUUUGCGUUAGUGUUACAAUUUUAACAUAUCCUUUAAUAUAUGUACAUAAAUAAGAAAAUGUUACCGUUUUAUUUGGUAUAAUAACUGAUUUAGGCCAUAUUACGUGUGUAAACUGCUGUAAACUAUUUUUAUUUGUUUCAAAACUUAACCCACACGAAUAAUUUCUGGUGCAGUGAUUGGGAUACACUUACUUCUUCUUGGGUGAUAAGAUAUAUAAAUAAAAUUGCCAAAAAAUCUAAAAAUGCCAAUUUCAAAACUUAAAAAUCUCGUCCGAACUCCAAACCUGAUAUUGUUUCAAGGAAAUAAGUAAAGAGUUGGUACGCUCUUAGAAUAAACCUAAAACAUAUCAAGUAUAUUAUGGUCUACGGUCGUCAAUUGGUCAAUAUAUGAGCAUUAAAUUUGAACUGAUACUAAAUUCACAUUUGAGUUUCGAUAGCUUGAUUUCUUUAUCAAUAUUUAAAUUUGUAAUAUUUUAAUACUAAAUAGUAAAUACUAUUGUGUACCUAUUUGAUUGUAAAAUUGCUCGAUUCGCGAGCCGAAGUCUGAUCGAAAACAAAUCCCGAUUUAUUAUGUGGAAUCACGUCAUGUUGGGUAGGUUCGAAUUUAAAACGAGUUCUUAUCAUUUUCGGAUCACUGGAAGUUAUUCCGUAUCAGUUGAGUUUGGUGAGCGCCACUGCGAAUCGCUCGUAUUUCGUGUCGUAAUUUGACAAAUUUUGUAAGUAAAAGAACUGAUUAUAUUAAUGGCAAUUUGAUUGUAAAAUAAAUACCGUCGUGUAUGAAGGUGUUUCACCUUCCGCGUUGUAGCUCGGUAAUAACAAUUAUUGUAAUAAAAGUAUGUAAUAAUAUAAAUGCACAUGAAAUAUUCAACGACCGUUUUUAUCAUUUCCAUAGUGUCCCCGUGUGCUAUAUAUAACGCUAUAAUGUACCCAACUAUAAUUAAGUUAAUUAAUCAUAUAAAGUAAUAUCGCGUCUUCGAAAUUAUACGCACUACUACCUAUACAUAUUAUAGUUAAACAUAAUUAUUUACUAUUUAUUAAACAAUUAAACGUCCCACUGCAGGUGUACUGUUACGAUAUGAUUAACUAAAAUAUUUUUGAAAUUAAUACCUACGUACCUUAGGUACUUACUCUAUAGUUCGUAGUAUUUUUCAAUACGUACCUUUCGUGAAAAUUACGUAUUAAGGCGCGAGUGAUAAAGUGUAUUUUUAAAAUAUUACUAUAAUAAAUAACGAUUGACUAAAAAAUUGUGUACGAUUAAUAAAUCCCCCUCCCAAAAAAAAAGUUGAUAAAUAUUUGCGUAUUUUCGAUAUUAGGUAAAAUAUAUACCUCGUCCACACAGCAAAAUAUGUCAUUUCUCGAAUAAUAUAAUAAUACUAACUAGUUAGUCAUUACUAAUAAUUGCAGAAAUAAUUGCCUUUUUUUUUAAAUAUUUACAUUAUAGUCACAUUUUAAUGUUCUCAAAAAUAAAAAUAAUCUAUGAUUGGUACAAAUCGAUUUUAAAUUGCCGUUGCUCUCUUGAUACAUUAUCGGUCAUUUCGAAUACAUGUGUUUACAAAUAAUAAUUAUAAUUAAUUAGGUUCGAUUAAAAAAAAUUACUUUUCACUCAGCUGCAUAUUGUUGUUUAUAAUAUUUUUCCAUUAUUAACUUCUAUACCUACUUUUACGUCUCAAGUUUAGCGAACACUUUUUCAGCUAGUACAAAUGUUCUGAUUUGCAUAUGCUCUACCUCAAUUUUCCGACCAGUGUCACUUUAUUUAAACGAUUCUUCUAGAAUCCCAAUCGAUUUCCUAAAACAGUUAAAAACAAAUAACUAUACAAAAGGUUUUUUUUUGCUGAUAUCUGGGUUUCCCUGGUUACCUUUGCUAAAAUGGGAAAACUACAAAAUCCGCUUAGAAUUGUUUUUUUUUCAUUACAAUAAUUUUUUGUUGCUUUUGGCAUUUAUACUAAAUUGCUCUGAAUCCAAUAUUUUAUCACCUAUAAGACUAGCCAUACAAUGCUCAAAUUGGAAAAUAAAAGUAUACUAUGAGACUUAAACAAAAUUAGCGUCCCUUACAAUAAUUAAACUCAACCUAACCAGUUUCAUUUUUCAAACAUCAUUCAAUAAUAAUUAAUAAUUCACUAAAAUAAAUAACCAACAAUAUUCCUGGCUAAGUUUUCACUUACAUAUUUAUUUAGGUAUAUCUGCCUAUUAUUUAUAAAUGUGAAAUUGAGUUUUGAGGGGAAUAGCUUAUAUUGAAAAUUUGGAUACGGUUUUCACUAAUCUACAACUAUUGGGGAAGGAAAAUUAUAUUCAGAUAUUUUAAUUUUCAAAUUAUAGGACUAACUUCUAAUGUAAAGUUUCAAUAGUUUUUAGGGAUUGAAUUCCGGGUUAAAAAGUAGACUUCCCGGAGAAUUGUAAUUCAUAACAUUGGAAACCGCAAGUAUAUCAGUUUAGUGGUUUCUCGAGAUUAGUUUUUAUCAUCAAAAACCAAUUUCGUAUUAAAUAAUAGAUAUUCUAGAUUCGGAACGUAGCGAGGAAUCUAUUGGUUUUACUACGUGCAUUUUUUUGUUUGUGUGUCCAAACAACUUUUCUACCAGAAAUCUUGCUACGUCCCUCUGGGUGCGAAAUAUGUCCGCCGUUUACAUGUUCAUUUUGUUAUUGUAAAUUAACUAGUUUAUAUAUUUGUAUUCGUCUUCAACGUGAACAUUUUAUUGGCGUGUAUAUUGGCUAAAAUAGAUUUUUUUUUUUAAUAAGUUGAUUCAAAACUGAUUACUGCAAAUCAAUAUAGAUAAACAUAAUGUACCCACUAGUGAAAUUACGAGUAUAUUAUAUGAUGUCAUAAAAUAAUCGCCACGAUAAUUUAUAAUUUAUCACUGUAUAGUGUAUACUAUAUAGGCGAGGGAAACAUUUAAUAUAGUAUUGUAUUGCAAUUAUUGAUGUUGCAUUAAAUUGAGUAAUCAUCUUCUUGUAACAAAUAUGACCUUGAAGUACUGUCAAAUAAACGGGAUAUAUGUUUUAAUUAAAUUAAUUAAGUUAAUUUAUAUUAAUUUAUAUAUUAUUAUUACGUGUAUAUUGUUCGCUCUUGUGUUUAGGAUUGAUAAAAAAAAUAAAAAACUCUUUAUGUCAUUUAAAAAACAAAAUAUUGGAACUAUUAUUAAGAUUUAAAUUUUUGGUUCUAGGGAAGAAAAGUUUAAAUACAUUUUUGGAAUUUUUUUUUUAAUAAUUGUGUUUUUGUUCCCUUUAAUUGUUGAUGUAGAUUAGGUACAUACGUGUAUAGCAUAUGUAUAUUCUAACAAAUGUUAUACUGUAAAUUAAAAUAUCCUAAACCACUAUAAUGUACAUUUUAUUAGCAAAAAAGUUAUGAGCCAUACGAAUUAAGCCAUUUAGAACGCCUACAUUUAGGUUAAAUCGUUUAGUAUUUUGUUGAUUUUAUAAAUUUAAUUUGCUUUUAUUGAAAACAUGACAAAAUUGACUUGGGACCACAAAUAUUACUUGAGGAAAAUUAAAUUUUAUUUUGGUUUGGAUUAAAAUGAAUGCGAAUUAUGCGUUUUUAAGUUGAGCAAAAUGUACAGUAAAGCUCUAACAGGGAUAUUAUAUUUAUAUAUUAUAAAAUAUCGUUACUUCUACUGUAGAAAAUCAUUAAUCCUUUUUAUCUUCUAAUAUCGCCGAACUAAAAGUUUAUUAUUUUAACUUAAAUGUAGAUCUGAAAGAUUUAUAAUGUAUUAUAUACCGCCGAGAGAAAUAAAUUCAUUUUAUUCUAUUUUCAGUUUCCAUUUAGAAUUUACGACUGCAGUAAAUAUAUUUUUAAAAUACAAUGCACGAUUCGAUACACGUCAUUAAUGGAUUGUAAUAAUUCAAUAGCAAAAUUUUAAAUGUUGAGGUUUUUCUAGACUUGGUGGAGUUCUCUACAAAUUAUAUCGAAGUGUUGUUUUAUGUUCUAAUGAACAAUCUUUUUUUUUCAAAUAUUAAUAAACUAUGAAAAAUUGUAAGUAUAUACGUCCUGAACUUAGAAGUUAGAUAUUGUUCCUUUUAGCUUAGACAUACUUAUAUAUAGAUAUAUCAUCUGGAUAACUUAAAGUCUGUAAAGAUUUUCCGUAGAUAACUUGAUUUUUCAAUAUAAAUAUGAGAAAAAUACGUUACCUAUUUAUUUUGCAUAUAUAUUAUAUCAUAAAACAUUUAAUUAUUGACGAUCACCUCCUUGAGAAAAUUGAAAUUUAUAUUUCCUCUAUAAUAGUUAAAAUCACGAUGUAUAGUCAGCAACUUUUAUUUAAACGUUUUAUUCUCGUGGCACCGAACACAAUAUAUAUUAUACCUAAUAUGAUAACUUUAAAAGAUAAUAUUGUUUUUUGAUCAGGUUACUGGGUGUAUGUAUGCUUAUAAUUAUUUAGAUAGUGAUCUGUCGAAGCGAUUAUUUUGUUUUGUUUUUUUCUUGACAUUGUUUAUCAGAAUCCGUUUCACCCAAGGUUGUGGUGAUAUAUAGACCGCUAAAACGAUAAUAUAAAAUUAUGUUUACAGGUUAUGGUUUGCCCGUCUUGUGUGGUUUAAUUUGAUUCCCACAAAUAAGCACGUACUUAGUCAGCAGAGGUGGAUUUAAUUUUUUUUAAAUUAUUUACGAUGGUUAUACAUCUUUAUAGACACUAAAAAAUAUUCACUGUCCCUCUUGUUAUUCGGUUAUUAUGGUGAAAACACGAAUUUACAUUUUUAAUGAGAUUUUAAACUGGGCUUUAAACGUAAAUGAUUCAUGUUUGAUUUAGUACCUAUUAAGUAAUAUAAUUCUUUAUAAUUUGCAUCCGAUGAAGUAUAACAUUUCUAAAUUUUUGAUAAACACGUCAAGCAAUCGGGUCCUUGGUCGUCCCAAGGCUCGACUUGUUUUAUUUAUUUUGUUGACUAGUAUAUUUUUAAUUAGCCAAUCAUCUACUCUCUGCGUAUGCUCAAUAACCAUUCUAACGGUUUGAUCCCAAUAAAAUCGAAUAUAUCUUACCUAGUAUAUACUAUAUAUUAUAUAUGGUGUAUUUAUAUUAUCCUCGUUGCUUCUUCUUUCAUAUUAUUUUUUUUGGUACCAACAUUCGGUGUAAGUUGAAUGAAUUGAUAAGUAACACAACAAAAUAGGUAUGAAUAAAAUAUGAAAAACGUAAUUUUUAUUUUAAUUAACUUUAAUUGAAAAUUAUUUUCUUGUUAUAUAACUUUGCCACCUACGAUAAUAUUUAAAACAAAUAUGCGAACGCGAUCAUCCUUUUCACAAUGUUUUACAAUCCGAGUUCUACACCCAAAAAGCCCCCACGUAUAAUAUAUACUCGUAUGCGAUUGAUAUACGGGAUAGGUCAUAAAACAUCUAGAGGUAUACCUAACAUAUUAAAUAUGCUGAAUGUUAUUAUUUACAUUUUCCUCUAAUAAACUCAUAGGGCCUUGACGUCAUCGCUUGCGAAAAUACAGUGUUGUCAAAAACACCGCGGUGACGUGUGUUUAUUAUACCCAUUUUCGUAUAAGCGAAAAAUCAAACGAUUUCAAUUGAUAAAUUUAUUUUUUAAAGUAGGUAGUAAGUAUUCGUUCAACUUCCGUAUAUGAGUUUCUCGUUGCAAAUAACAUUUAUGUAAAAAAAAGAGAAAAAAAACAACUAUGAGCAGCAUAUGUCCCUGUUACAAUAUAUAUAUUUUUAUAAUUAAUCUAAAAUAGCUAUAGUUGCCAGAGUUCUAUUACAUUUUAGUCUAUAGGAGUAUUUUGUAAAAAUAAGACAUUUGAGCAUACGAAUGGUCUUUUGAAAGUUGAAACCAGCUCAAAAUUGCGAUUUAUUUUCGGGAAAAAUUCUAUAAAAACACAUUAUUUCAUAAUACAUUCAUUACUAUACAUUACAUAUAUUCAUUUCAUGUAUUAAUCUAAGAAUACAACGAAAAAAACUGAUGAUUUGAUAAAAGCAGAGAAGUCAAUGAGUCUGGAAGUAAACCAGGGCAAAACGAAAUAUUUGGUUAUGACUAGGGGAACAAGAGAUAACUCGGAUCUGGUAGUAGAAAACUAUACCUUUCAACCAGUGGACACUUUCAAAUAUAUUGGGGUGAACAUAAACCAUCACAAUAAUAUGCAUAAUGAAAUUAAACUGAGGAUAUCUGUUGCUAAUAAGGGUAGUCACUAUGCUUGGAAAAUUGGUUAAGUUAAAACUUCUCUCUAGACGAUCAAAGGAACGCCUGUAAUCAAGUUUCCUACGACCAGUUUUAACAUACGCAUGUGAAACAUGGUCGACUACUUAAGGAGAUGAGUAAAAAAUGGCUUGUUUUGAAAGAAGAAUGUUUAGAAGGAUAUAUGGACCUAUUUUAGAAAAUGAAGUAUACAGAAGAAGAACUAAUGGAGAAUUGCAACAAAUUUACCAAGAACCCGGUAUCAAUGCGUACCUCAUAGGUAAAUAAAUCAAGUGGGCAGUUCAUGUAUGGAGUUGAAACGGUAUUUUAAAGAAAGUUCUGGAAGGAAAGAUCAGUGGGAAAAGACCUAGGGGUCGCUCUAGACAGCGCUUGGCAGAUAGGGUCAACGAUGAUCUAAACAAGUGCACAUAAGGAGUAACAAUAGUAGACAGCAUGGAUAAAGAUAGAUGAAGAAAUAUAGUAGAGGCAGCGAAAGUCCUUCAAGGACCGUAAAAGCUCAAGAAGAAGAAAAAUAUUUUAAUCUGAAUUAGAAAUUAAUACAUAAUACAAGGUACUUAAUAUCAUACUAUAUUACAUCUUUAUUGCAUUACUAUUCGACAUGCAUGCCAUUUUUAUUGGAAAUAUUCGUUUUCUAGGAACAAUUUUCUACACAGGUGCAAUAUAAUAUUAUAAGAAAAGAAAUAAAAAUUCGUAUGAAAUUAUUAUUAUGUUUUUUUUUUUCAGAAUUUCUGCGCGACUGGCAAAACGCAGUCUUUUAUAACAGUAUAUCUUUUACAUUGCAGUUAGAUAUCUUAACGAUUUUAUAAAACUAUAUUCGAUCUCCUAUCUCUAUAACAUUGUUGCUGUUUAUUAGUCGUGUAAUCUAAUUCCAUUUACUUUCCAAUUACUUUAUAGUAAGUAUAAGAAUUUGCUCGAAUUUAAAAUCAAUUCAUAGACGUAAUAUGAUAUUGUACCUUCUAUCGACUUUGUAUAAUAUUUUGUUACGAAAAAAAAAAUAAACACAGGUGUGUGAAUACAAUACAAUUGCACGCCAAUUAUAAUUUAAAAAUCUCAUCAUGUACGAUUUAAUUGGCAUAAAUUCUGUUAUUAUUCUGUUUUAACGAUGACUUCUUUCGAGACCUUUAUAAUCUCUAUUGAAGUUGUGUAAUAAUUCUCUUUAAUAAACCACAGGCAUAGAGUACACACUCUAUAUACUUAAUUCAAACGAAACGAGUUAAAAAAAAAAAAAGCUGUCAGCAGUAGAUAUUCUUUUUUUUUUUGUAUUUAUUUGCCCUGAAAACCGGUAAAGUGAAUAUUUAUUGAAUGUCUAAAAAGCAAAUAUUGCAUGUGUGCGAUUACUCAUAUCCCUUAAAUUCUAUAAGUACCUAUAUGUUUUUAUUUUAAAAUAUUCAAUAGUAAAAAAUGUUGACAUUGAACGGCGUAGGUAUAUGUUUAAUCAGUUCUUAAGUAUAAAUAACAUGUACUGUUAUGCCAGAAACGGUCUUAUAAUGGAAUAGUUUUAAUAAAAGAUUAUAAUUUAUAUAUAUAUAUAUAAAAAAAAAAAAAAAUGAUGUUGGUGAAUUUGUAUUAUUUACCCUUAGAUAAAAAAACGUCUCGAGUUAACAAUAAUUAAAUAAAAUACCUACACAAUGUGGGUACAAAUUCCAAUUUAAUUUUAUCAAGAUGUUUACUAUGUAUUUUUUGUUAUCACAAAUAGGAUUUAUUAAUAAUAUUAUAAACAUUUUAUGGAGAGAGUUGAUUUUUAGUGUGUACAUGUAAUUUGUUUUUUGUUGAAUAAAGUUAUUGUAACAUAAACAGUAUAAUAAAAUAAGUCAUUUUUAUAUUAUCGUUCACUCGACUCGUUUCAACAAAUUAGCGGUGUAAUUUUUUAAAUUUAUCACGCUAUUCGUGUGUUUAUAUAGUUAUUGAAAAGUGCUCUUCAUACAUUAUGAAAUUCUAGAAUUAUUUAUCUAAAAAACAAUUUAUAGGGUUUUCAGAAUUUCACGUUACAGUCAAAUUUCCCGUAAAAAAACUUAUUUAUUACAUUUUGGUGUUGACAUUUUUAAUUUUCAUCAACCCGUUGACAAGAUAUUCCACUUUAAGUUUGGGUAGGGGUAAGAGAACAGUGGAGCACUAUACAAUCACCGCGCUAAUGAUGCUAAAAAAAACUUGUUUAGAUUGAUAUUAUAGUACUAUAAAAAUAUUUUCAUUGCUGCGAAUAUAAUAUAAUACAAUUGAACAUCAUCAGUAUAAGUCGUCGUAACGAAAAAUGUGUAUUGUGUUUCGUUGUUUAAUAGUAGGUUGGUAGUAAAAAAAAUAAACACAAAAUAUUUGACUUUUCAUUUAAAAUAUUAUUAUAUAGUAUUUUAUUCGCUGUCUCAAGGACUAAGAAAUCAAUCAAGCGAUAAAACUAUAAUAAUAAUGUCAUUUUUUUUCUCUGAAUGAAAUCUUCUUUAUAGCCACUAGAAUCAGGGUCAGUUUAUACCAGAUAAUAACAAUAAUAUAACGUCAACACCUCAGGAGUAGGUUUAAUUUAAUAUUCCCUCACACGUUAUUAUUAUUAUAGUUACAUUUUUUUUGUUUGUCUUUUUCUUUGAUAUGAAUUAUGAAUACACGUUCGAUGAAUAAGCAGCGCAUACGCGUCGAAACUGUAGAACUUCAAAAGAAAACGAGUGUAACUGUUUUGCUAUAUCUAUAUUUUUUUAAAGUAACUAAUUUCGCGUUUUGUGUGUUUGUUUGAAAAGUAAUUGAUAAUAUAUCUACUUAUAAUCUAUGUAUAAUACUAACAAUAUUUAUUUUAGCAACAACAAUACUUACGUAAAGAAAUAACAUCAUAAUCAUAGAAAAAUUGCAAGCUCAACCAAUAAUCAUAGAAUUGCAUGUAACGGUUGAAAUGUAUAUAUAUAUAUUUUAUUAAUCGCAAUCAAACGAUGUUUGGCUUUUAAUCGAAAAAUGUAAUAUUUUUAUCUCUAUCGUCUUCCCGUUUUAUAAAAUAAAUAUUAUGUAUCAAUAUUGAAAUCGCAAAAUUUUCGUUUUGUCUAUACAGGGCGAUCAAUCCUCACUAUUCACUUUUGAUUUUUGAAAAUUCUUUAAACAGAUGCAGUUUUGUCUUAAAACAUUUUGACGUUACAUUUUCAAUUUCUGUCUACUCGUUGACGAGAUAUUUUACUUUUAAGAUUGGGUUAGGUGAGAGUAGUAGAAUACUAUUUAAACGCCGCGUGCCACACUGCCACACAAAGAGAUGUUUUAAAGUGGACUAUCUCAUUAACGAGUUGAUGGACAUUAAUUAAAGGUGACAAAAUAUAAUGGUAUUGUAACACGUUAGAGCUACUUAAAAAAAAAAAGAAACCUCGAACAAAAUUAAUACUUAAUGCGAUUUUCGGUGUCUUAUCGAGAUUUGAUCAUUCUGUAUAGGAAGAAUUAGUAAAUGAUGCAGUACAUAGACUGCUAUGUAGGUUUGAAAAUGUAAACCAAGACGUGAAAUGUUUAUCUUUGAUUAUUGAAAAGUUGUUGUUGAUAUCGUUGAAUUAUUCACCCGGAAUAACUUGUUAUUCUGCAUAUAAGCAAACCUGAUUAAUAAAACUAUUAUAUACGCGCACAGGUAUAGUUUCAUGUUGGUACACCCGUCUCAAAAUAUAAUAUUCUAUUAAGUACCUGCCUAUGUGUUAUAUUAUUAUUCCGUUUAAAUAAACAUUCGCUUCUGAAUUUUAAACAGUAACUAUAUGAUAAUGAUGAUUAUGAUGGUUAUAUAUUGCUAUGUUUUUCUCUUCGACUAUAUUAUAUUAUACUUACAUUUAAUUUCUCUUCGUUGCAGCAGUGCUAAAUGUGCAGAUAAUAUAUUAGGCACAUCGCUAGCUAAUAAUAAUACUGUUAUUGUAGAUGUUGUUUCAAAGUGAUGUACUUUAUGUAACAUAGUAUGUGCUAUUCCAAUAGUUUAUUUUAUUUUUUUUGUAUCGAUAUGAACGAAUUUAAUUGUAAAAUAAAAAAAAAACUGUAUAAUCCUAUUCGUCCAGUAGAUAUAUAAUGCAGAGAAAACCUAUUCGAAGAACUAACCUACUUUAAUAAAUGUAUAUACAUACACCUAGGCAGUAUUUAAUCGGGUCGUCUUUGUGAAAAAAAAAAAUAGAAGCUAUAAAACUGACUGGUUUAAUAUACGGUGUGUUUCACUCAAAUGGUGAAAUGAAGUAUUUCAGCUACUCGGACUCUGAUUAAAAUGGGUUUUUUGUUGGAAAAUUGAUAGUACCAAAAUUCACAUAUAGACAUUUUCCAAAAUUUAAAAAUGAAAUGAAACUUGCAGCUAUUUAUUAAAACAUAUGUUUUUUCUCGAUUUCUCCUAAAAAAAUUUAAACUUAUAUCUUUAAAUAUGAAGAAAUUUAACUAUGGUUUUAUGAAGGGAAAAAAUGUAUUAGUAAAGAUAUUCAUAAAAUUAAACAUACAUAUCAUUAUAAUGCUUUAAAAUCGUUAAAAAAUUUAGAAAAAUUAUAUUUUUCUAACAACAUUAGAUGGUUGUAUUUCAAAUAAUUUUCGAGAUAGAAAAACAAUUAUAUUGAUCGAAGUCUCUUGAAAACACUGUAUAGACACUAUACAGGUAUUAUAUUAUAAUUACAUUAUGGUAUGUAGUUAAUAUAUUAGUGUAGUACAUCUACAUAUUAUGAUCAUUACAUUACAAUUUUAUUUUAAAUUUAAGUACCUAUAUACCUACUUAAUUACAAUUACAAUUGUUUGACAUUUAAACAUUUAAUUGUGUUCAAAAUUAUAACUAUAAUUGUUAUGUAAUGCACUAAUACGCUUAUUGCAUUUAUAUGACUCAUAACAGAUAGUAAUUUUUUUUUUAAAAACAAAAAAAAAAAAUUAAAUAAAUAACGAUAAUUAUUAUGCUUGUAAAUUAUGUUGUUGUAUACAUUUGGUAAAUACGAAAUUAAUUAUAAAUUUAUUACAAACUAUUUUGAAAUUCAAUUGUAUUAGCAAACGAGGUUCGUAUUAUUGUAUAUUUUUUUUUCUCGUUUACACAAGUGGUUUUUGACUUUUUCAGGUAUUAGGUUUUUAAUAAAAUAAUAAAGUAAAAACAAAAUUAUUAAAAUGCUUAAUAUUCGUAAAUAAAUAAAGUAAAUAAAUGUAUAAAAAAAAAAUAAAUCAAUCAUUGCGUCGCCUGGAGUAUUAUGAUAAGUGUAUUAUGCGACCGGUAUCGAAUUAAAAAUCAUCAGGUAUAUUACAGUCGAAAUGUAAAACGCGACUGAAAAUAAAAUUGAAAAAAAAAGAGCUGAUACUGAGAAUGGGAGCGGCCAUUGUUGUAGGUGAGAAGUUGGGAAGGUAGGAUACAUAAGGUUAUUUCAUUUAUAUCUGUAAGCAACGAAAAACCAUUGCUUGACGAAAGAUAAUUCCGAGCGCAGUUCGGUAAUACAUAAUUUGAAGUGCAGUAAUUUUUUUGCGAUUUUUGUUUAAAUUUUAUUUCAAAACGCUUAUUUAAAAAAAAGAGUCGUCCAAUGAUUUUGAAAAUUUUACCAUGUCUAGUUAAGUCCAUUUUAAUUAGUAUUGCCAAGUUUCAAAUAUUUACGUUUAUUUAUAACCGAAUUACAGCAAAAAAAUUACCAAAAAUUAAAAUUCCAUAAAAGUUCAAAAGUGGCUCAAAAGUCUUGGCGAUGAUAUCGUAAGAAUGUAAAUCAAUAAGGCAACAAAAAAGUUGUCUUGUGAUUUUUGGUUAAAUCAUUUUUUCAGGUAAAAAACGUCGUCCGUGUUUUUAUAAAAUAAUAAAAUCUUGAAUUGUACGUUUUCCCACGUUUUUUCCCACUUAAGUUCUUUUAUUUGAAAAAUGGCGUCUAAAAUAAAAAAUUGACUUCUUUAAAGUACAAUCUAAACAACUUGAACUUUCAGAAAAAGUGCUACACUUAUACAUCGGAGCAAGAUUAUUAAGAAAAAAACGUAUCUAUAUACUAGAACAAAGAACAAAGAAGAAGAAGAAAUAAACAGCAUUGUAAAACCAAUAGCUCCCUCGCUCAGAUUGAAUCUAAAAUUAAAUGAAGGAAUAUAUAGAAAAAAAAAAUUAUACGAAUUGAUCGUUUUAUACAUAGAACAUAGAGAUAAUUUAUUUUAAUAGGAGAGAUUAUUUAAAAUUAGUUAUCAUUAAACAUAGAUAUAAGUUUCGAUAUUAAUACAGAUUUAGAAAUAUUAAAUACACAAAAAAAAAAAUUACACAUUAAUUCAGUUUUAGAAGAAUUACACAUACACAAUGAAAUAAAAGAAAAUAAUUUCAAUAAUAUUUUAAAUGUUCAUACCAAGUUCAAAAAUAAUAUUUUUUAUCAAUACAUUUUUGAUAAUAAAUAAUAACCAAAUAGUUUAUAUUCCUAACAUUUCUGUAUCUAAUAAUAAUUAAUUUUAAAUAAUCUCUCCUAUUAAAAUAAAUUAUUUUUAUAUUCUAUGUAAAACGACCAAUUUGUAAAUUUUUUUCUAUGUAUUCUCUCAUUUAAUUUGUUAUAUUCAGUCCCGUUUUACAUUUUGAUUGUGAUGUACCUGAUGAUGAAUUUUUAAUUCAAAACCGGUCGUAUUAUAUAUUAUUAUAAUACUCCAAGAGACGCAUUGAUUUAUUAAUUUAGUUUAUAUUUAUAUUUAUUUACUUUAAUCAUGUUUUUGUUGAUUUUUGCAAAGUUAAAAAUUAUAUUUCCAAUUUGGCCUAUCAGUUUGAUAAUAAUGUGCGUAGGUACUAUUCUGUGUAAAAAAAAUAUAUAUGUAUAUUAUAUAGUAUAUACUUACCUACUUUACGACUCAAACUUAAAACAAAAUAUACAGCGAAAGUCACUGCAACAAAUUGUUAAAAUUUGCAUAAACCAUUUACAGAUCUGUAGGUAGUAUUAUUUGACAUGUAUGUUUUACAAUUUGAUCGACAAAAAUAAUACUUCAUCAUCGGUCAUUAUUUUAUUAUUGAUUACAUCUAUUUUGAAGAAAAAAAAAUCGAGUAGGAUUUAAUUGACGGGAUUGUGACACGGAUAACUGCAGUAUAUAUCUAUUAUUAAAAUACAUGUGUAUUAAAAACACCAGGUUGAACUUAUAAAAAUAAUCAUAACGAAAGAUAUCCGGGAAAAAGAGCUUUAAUCAAUUUUUUUUUUAUAAUUUUAAUAUAAUGCCAUUUUUUCCCCUUUAAUUUUUGGUUUAAAUUACAUAAUUUUCAAAAUACGUGUAUAAUUUUUUUUUUAAAGAUGUUUAAACGCGAUUAAAAAAAAAAAAUAUAUGCGUGCUAUAGCUAUUUUUGUAUAGAGGUUGCUGUAAUGAGGAUGUCGACGCAAUGAUAUCGCGUCAAGAAUUCAAAAGCUUUUAAAAUUUUUACGACGAAUAUUCCUGGAAAAUAAUACCGUAACCAAUCUUAAGUUUUUUUAAGUACAGCACAGUUUGAUAUGAAAAUAUUCAACGGAACAAUGUCACGCACAGGAUUUUAUAUAAUCGUGUCAAACAAGAUUUUUAACACUUUGAUAAAUAUAUUUUUUUAUGAAUCGACAAGAUUUUCCAAACUUUUUGCAAAACGAAAUCCAUUAUUAAUCAUUAAUUGUAUCUGAAAGCGAUAUUUCAUAUUAUUAUGAAAACGAUCAAGAAAACGCAUUUUAUUAUCUUUUAGAUUCUGAGUGGAACAAGGAAUGUAUUGGUUUUACAAUGAUGUAUUUAUUUUUUUUUUUAUGUAAACUCUUUUUCUACCAGUUUUUCUAUCAAUUAUUCCGAAAUUACUCCGAUUAUCAAGUAUAGCACUUUUUUUAAAAGGUAAUUAAUUGUUUAUUAUUAUUUUACUUUUUUUUUAAAAGGAAAUGUUCUCUGGGUGGUACUUUAGAGAGAUAAUUUUUUGAAAUUCUCAUUAAUAUUCGAGGUAGUGAGGAAAAACUCGGUCAUCAGGUUAAAAAUGAUUGAAAGAUAAAAAAUAAGUUUAUCGUUGGUAACCGUUUUCAUUUAUUUUUUGUAUUAUUAAGUUUUUAUUAUUUUAAUCUUUUUUAAACAAUCAAUUAUUGUAAUCAUUUUACCAUAAUAUGACAUGUAAAUUGUUGCAAAAGCAUCAAUAUCAACUGAACUCCGUUUAGAAUCGUUUUUUCGUUAGUAAUGGUUAAUCGUUGCUUACAGAUAUACAUUAAAUUCCCGUCUGUAUCCUACUUUUCCAAUUUCCCACCUAAAAAGUGGCUGCACCCACGUGCUGAGUAAUCCGUCCUUUUUUUUUUAUUUAAAUAUUUUAAUUUAAGUGCACUGUAAUAAAAAACAGUAUUAUAGUUGAACAUUUUUGUCUUUGUUUUUGUUUUUGCAUUAUUUAAAAAAAAAUAUUCACGGUACUGUAAUCAUACAUGCCUAUACGCACAAUCCAUUAAACCCGACUGGCGAGUGCGUUUUGCGGCCCUUGAGCUUAAAAAAAAUUAUUUUAAUUAUCUAACUAUAUAUAAUACAAAUUUAAUUAUGACCUUAAUAAUAUAAUAUAAUAUAAUAAAAUAAUUUAUGUGUGGUUCUUGCAGUACAGAUAAUGAAAAAAAAUAUAAACAUAAUAAUAUUAUGUAUGAUAAUAACGCAGGUAACACACUAUAUAAUACACUACACAGCAGCAGCAGCAGCAUAUUAUAAUACCGUUUGGUUAUAAUACAAGUACGCGAAAAAAAUAACAUAAACAUAUAAUAACUUUGAAUUAACCUUGGACCGUUCGAUAGCCCGGAAUAUUAAAACGUUUAAUGAAAAAAUACUACGUUUGUAUAUGUGUGUGUACUUACGUAGGUACCGAUGAAACCUGCAAAAUCAUGUAGUAGGUACGUUAACUAAAACUAGUGCCCGUUAUGUUAAUUGCUGUUGCAGUUUAGUUGAUUCUUUGAAUAGAUUUUUGUUAAAAAUAUAUUUUACUGUGUCAAUUAACCAAUUUUUUACCAGAAAUCUUGUUCCAAUAAAAACAUUUAUAGGAACUAAUUUGUAAGGCUUUGGAUCUAAUAGUAGGUACACUAGAUACUAGAAGAUCAUUUUCCGACUAACUUUGUAACCGAGAGAAAUUUUUGUAAUUUACGUUAAUCCGAAAUAACAGAAAUCGUUGUGUUUCGAUUUUGAUUAUUUUUCGUUGUAAUUAGUUAAGAAUAAUCACAGAAAGUUGAGAGUAUCAACGAAUACUUAUAUUUUCCCUUUGUUCAGAUGUUAUAAAGUUUUCAAAAAUUCUUAUGGAGUUUUGAACUAUUUAUUACUACAGUGAAACUUCCGUUAAAGAUAAACUCUAAUAUGUAAUGGUCAUUUUUUUGGUCCCGUCAAGUGUUAUGCCUCUUUAGGACAUCUCUAAAGGACGGUCACCUCUAAAUAGCGGCCAUUAUUUCCGGCCCUUUCAGUGACCGUUGUCUGGAAGUUUUACUGUAUUCAAAAUUGUUGAGUUUAUUUUAAAUAUUUUAUUUAGUUUUGUGUGGUUAAAAUUGUAUUGGCUUAGAAUAAAUGUUUGAAAAUUUAAUACAAGGUUUAUUGUAAGUAUGUUUAAUCGAACUUUCUUCAGAAUCGUUUUUUUGUUAUAAAUGAUUUAUCAUUGCGUAUAUAUAAAUUAAAUUGUUCUAUAGAUUCUACUUUUCUGAUGCUUCUCACCUACACCUACAUUGCUCACCUACACACCUGCUGUAAACCCAUUAAGAUUAUCAACUAGUUUUUAAUUUUUUUUUUUUGAAUAUGCACAAUAUAUUACGUUUAUAGUUGUAGUGCACCCAAUAAAAAAAAUUAACAGAUACUUAUAAUUUUUUUCAACACUUAACUAAAUAGAAUUUACUUAUACAAGAAAAUACAAUUUAACGCUCUUUUAUUGCAACUAUAUUCUUUAUUUAUUUACGACCAUUAUCGCGGAGCAGCGACUGUAAACAAAUAAUAAUGUAUCGUUAAUAUUGUUAUAAUAGUUUAUUAUUGGAUUUAAUGAAAUUUAUAUUUGACUGUUUGAUUUGUUUUUGAAUGCUAUUUUUAAAUUUAGCUAACAUUAAAAAUGUUUAAUGAAAUUUGAAUUUUCGUGCACUCGAUGUACAUGUAUAAAACAUCUCGAACAAUAAGGGAAAAUUAGUAUUUGUAUUUACUUCAGAUAUUUGUGCGAUGUUCAAUGACUUGGGAAUAACUAAGUGACUUUAAACUUUGUUUUAGUGUUUUACUUUAGUAGGUAUGGUACAUAAAAACCAUUAAAUGUUAUAAAAAGGAAGUCUGCAGUUCGCUUUUGUUUUUUUUUUAUAUUUAUUUAUUGAAAAAAAAAAUAAAUAUAGAUAUAAACUUAGAUUUGCCCAUUUAUAUUCCAGUUCGAGAAUAUACUUUUAGUUUUGUAAUAUAGUUAUUCUGAUGACAAAAAUUAACGUAAUAAACGGAUCAAGAAACUUUAAAAAAAAACCCCAUUAUAAUCAUAAUAUAAAAAACAUUAUUUUAUAGGUUUUUGAUAUAACAAUAUGUAUACCACUUCUUGCAAAAAGGUGCGUUGUUACCUCUGUACCACCAAUGUAAAUAUCGAAGUCAAUCGAAGAAAAUUUAUUACACCAGUCUGCAAUCGGCAUGUUUUUGUCCUCCAGAAUGAUACCAAUAAUUGUUAUUUUUAAUUUUGUAUCCAUUUAUAAUCCCACUUUGGAAAAUUGAUUUUCACAUGUUUUGAGUGGCGCAUACAAAUUUUGAAAUUAGUAUUACAAAUGGUUACAAAUGAAAUAACAAUCGAUAUAUUUUUCGACUUCAAUAUUUACUUUGACGGUGCCUAUAGGGAUAAACCAUAAACGUUUGUUACACUCUGGCGGUAAAUUUAUAUCAGUCAAAAAUCUUGAGACAUUAUUUGACUCAAUCACUCAUUUAUUGAUAAAAGACCCCAUGUCUGCACAUUUCAUAUAUUCUCUAUACUGUUAUAAUACCAGCUGUAUUAUCCGACUUCACUCGUGGGCAGUUUAGUACCUUACAUUUUUAAUAUAAUUUGUAUGCAAGAGGUAGCACGUUUGUUAAAUAUUUUUAAAAAUAAUAUUUUAAAAAACUAAAUGAUUUUGAAUAAUUUUGUAUUAUAAUUGUGUAGCUGUUUCUUGUGACUUUAUUCGUGUUUUUUUCUUCUUUUUUUUUUAAUAACUUACACUGCCUAUUGUAAAAUCCGGAAACUAAGGGUACAAUUAUCGAAGUUGUUAUUCACAGGGUGUUCUAGCUGUCCCGACCCGGCAUUGAGUGCGUAUUGUUAUAACCUAACCUAGCUAACCAGAAAUUAGGCAAAACAAAUUAUAUUUCUUAUAUUUCAAAGACAAAGUGAUAUGUUUAAGACAACUCUAUGAAAUACCUACUUCCUACUUGGUUAUAUCUAACGCCAACCUAGAUGACCGGGUUACUCACUCAACUAAAAAAAAUCAAAACUACGAGUCUUCGGACUAACAGAACUAUCCUCGCCACGGGUCAUACUGUAACAGUACUACUUAUAUAUUAUUCGACCUGAGCGUCCGUAGACCUUUUUUCCAGGGAAAGGGGACAACGGUAAAUUAAAAAUAAAUGACAAUUUUUAGUCACUAGCACGUUUUAAUGCGUUUCGAACAGAGUUAAAACCCCCCGAGGGGAGGUAAGGUGACUGCCCCUUGAGACGCCUAUCAUGAUAUACUAUUUUCCAUAUAAUCACGAUGACCCGUAUAAAAUCGUAUAAUCUUCUAUUAUAUUCAAUAAUUACGUGCAGUUAUACGUUACGAGAUAGGUCAACAGAAUAAUAAUGAUGUCGGAGUAAUAAUAUAACUAUAUUAUUAUAUUCCGCUCGUUUAAUAAUAUUAUCGUACCUCGUUUUAUAUAAUUAUAUAGAUUAGCCGAAUGAUCGAUCUGAUUGAUUUAUUACUUGUUUUCCAUAUUUUUUUCUUUAAGUGAAAUUGUAUUACGCAUAAUAUUAUAAUACAUUAUCAUUCCUAUAAUUUUGUUAAAUGUUGUCAUAUGUCAAACAGAAAAUGAUUAGAUACCUAGGCAAUUAUAAAUACAGGUACCUAGUAAAUAGGUAUCCAAGUUAUUAUUGUUUUCGGUGAAUUAUUAAUGUCAAAAAAUAUUUUAUAAUACAUAAGACUUAUUUUCGUCCGACGAAAAAUUAAUUAAUUCAACACGUUAUAAUAGUUAAGUAAUGAAUUUAUCAUUUUUAAUUAACUUUUAACCCUCUAUAUGCGUGUACAUUUAUCUAAUUUUGUCAUUUAUUACAUGUCACUGUUCACGAAUAAUCUAAUGUCACAUUAGUUUUAAUUCCGGGCGGUGCUAAUAUUUAGGAAGUAGGUGCCCCACGUGGGUAGUAGGGAAUAUUAAAACAAAUUUAAUGUUCCCGAAAAAUUGAGAAACAUAAUACAUAUAAUGUACCUGAUAUAUACGUAAUAAUAAUUUAUCGUUUCGUUUUAAAUUAAUAAAAAUUAUAUUCACUCGGACCAUCAGCGUAUAUCCGUAUAUCAUGUAAUAUAAUUUGAAUUACGUUAAAAUAAUAUUGUUCAAUAACUGCAAUAAUAAUUAUUCAGAAUCUUAUUUUUUAUAUAAAUUUAUUUAUCUAAAUAAUGCGAAAUAAUAUUUUCAAAAUACAAAAAUCUAAAUUUGACUUUUACACUAGACAAAAAUAAGAACAAUGUUUCGAACGUUCGCUAUUUAUCGUAAACCGUUUAGAAAUCGUUUUCUAUUUAAUAAUAAAUUGACUAAACACUGGGUAAUAGUCGCUUCGUAUACACAUAGGUAUAAUAGAUAAAUACGAUCAAUAUAUAUAUGAUAAAUAUGAUAGAUAAUAGAUAGUCAGAAAAUAUAACUUAUUAAUGUCAAUUAUAAUUAUUUAUUAUUCUCAGAAAUGUUGAAAAUAAUCGUUUUACACGAAAUUCGAAUAAUACAAGAGAAUUUUCUACGGGGAGGGUGGAGGUAGGGAGUAAGAUUGAAUCCCGAAUCAGAAAUCUAUUGCAUUGAUCAUUCCAGGCUCGUAGAUUCGACGACUUUUGAAUUGAAUCAAAAUAAAUCUGUUGUAUAAACACAUUUUUCAAAAUCGUUACUCGAUAAGGCGUAUAUUGUAAUAUUUAUACAUUUUUUUCCAGAAUGGUGAUUGAUACUUUUCCCCUCCCUCCCAGGUGAAAUAAACUCUGGUUAGAAACCUUAUACAUUCGGGGUUCCUGGCGGUAUCUCUGCUACUGCAGUGUCUAUCGAUAAAUCGUCUCCUAAACAGUAAAUUAUUUUUAUUAAAGGUCGUUCAGUUGAAUAUCCAACUGUAUCACACACAGGGAAUUUUUUUAAAGAGGUUUUCUGUUUGAACCCAAUAAAGUCCAUUGUGACACCGGCAGAGUAAGGCGAAGAGUAAGAUUUUGUAACAAAAUAUUAUAUUUCCUAUGAAAUACUUUCACGCAUAGUAACUGGGGAAAGUCCAAAAGUCAAGGGGAAUCCCUUGACUUUUGGAUUAUCUGCUCGUGGAGUAUUUUUUUAAGGGAGUAGUGGAUAUACAUGAUGGAUAUUUACUAAAAAUACCUUGUCAUUGUACGUUCGUUUAUCAUAUCGUUCGCCUCUCAUUCGAACGCGUUUUCCUCGACUGAAUGUAUUAAUUUAUACACCUGUAUACGCUGUCUGAUACAUGUGCUUGUAUCGUAAUCGGAAUCGCAUUAAUUUAACAGGCCAUCGACCUAUAAUCGUCUCUGGUCGCGCGCCGUCCGACUUGCAGCAAUAAUAUACACAUAGGUGUACGUAUUGUUGGUUACGUUUUUCUCGGUCUAAAAGCUGAUCGGCGCAAAAUAAAAAUAAAUCAAAAUAUCAACACCUCUUAGAUAAUACACAGUAGAUAGGACAUGUGCAUAUUAGAUAUACGUAGUGGGCAGCGUUUCCCGAAUAAGGAAGAUAUCCUACUUCUCAAUAGAUAUUGAUUUUUCUUUUAUGAAUUAUAUCUCAUUACAUUUAGUGAGAAUUGAUUGUGUACUUUAUUGGCGUGUGAGAUUCAAGAACGCCUGAUAACCAAUAUAAUCUAUGUAUUGUGUAGUAUAUCUGUAGUAUAUGUUUAGUAUUGUAUAUCUAGUGAUAAGUGAGCGUGACGAAAAUAAGAUUAAACGAUGUUAUGAUAUAAGUAGUAUUUUUAAGCGAAUAGGGGGGUAUAACCUUAAUUCCCUUCCCCUGCACAUGUUACUGCAUAUGUAUAACUAUAUCUUUUUUCUUUUUAACAGUUUAUUAUUCUGUGCAAUCUGCGUUAGGUUUUAUCAAGUGCGUCAUCACGGCGCGCGUAUAUUAUAAUUAAUUUCAUCGAGAUUACAAUUUUCGUACCGCGGGCGGACAGCUCGAUGAGUCGACCGCGUGUGAAAGCUAAAUUUUUUCGCGAGGCCGUCGUAAGUAUAAUUUGCGGCCGCGUGUGCUUCAACUAGUAUUAAGCCCGCCCCUCGUCGUUGCAGUUAACCGGUUACGGACAUAACGUACCUACGUCGUACAUCAAAAUACGCGAUAUUAAUCAUACUGCUUGGACUUGUGUGCGAGUGUGGUUUUUUUUUUUGUUGAUUUCUUUAGCAUUAGGUAUUAGGUACGAGAAAAUAUAAAUUACAAUAUACGACAUGACAGUAAAAAGAAACAAAAAAAGAAAAACACGUUAUACUCGUAUAAUAUAUACUAAAAAAAAUCUAUAAAAAAAAAAAACAUUGGUUGCGGGCAAUACGCAUAUAACCAUAAGCCAUUUAAAAUCAAAUUAUUUUUAUUAACGUCAUGACGUAGUCGUCGUGUUUUGUUUGCAGCUUGUAGCAAACUCGCGGUUUUUUAUUGAAUAAUUGGAAUGUUUAGGUAUAGUUGUUAUAAUAGCGUCGCAGCAUACGUAUUGCGUCCUAAGAUCCCUUUUUCAUAUGAAUUGCGUCCCGACUUGAAAAACAUUAUUUCCCUUUCCAUUUUAUACAGACUUAUUAGCACUGUCAACAGCAACUUAUCAUUACUAUUGGUAGGUUAUAAAAAUAUUGAUUUUGGUCGUUGUCACGCAAUUAAAAGUUUACAUGUUUCACUUAAGAUUAUUACUUAGUCAACUAUUAGACAACUCAGCAGACUCUUUAAUAUGAUUUUGAUCAUUUGUAUAUUUUAUAACGUCUUUUUUAUCAUUUCGUUUAAUAUAAUAUAGGUAAUAGAUAUGUAUAUAUACGACUUGGACGUUUCUUUUUUUUUUACAGUAAUUCCAGCGUUGAAUAUCAUUCAUGUGCAGCCAAUAACGCACUCGGUGUUAUAACAAUUAUUUAUCUUGAUUAUUAUAUUGUGCUGAAAAUGUAUAAACAACGUAGUAGGUAUGUAAUAGAUAUCUGCAGACUGCGUUAAACAGUUUUAUUGUGUUCUUUAACGAUUUAUACGGUACCUAUACAUACAUACAACAUACACAUUAUACAUAUAUAAACGAAUUAAUAAUUGUUUUCGUAUAUUGAUACAAGUUCGAAGUUUAUUGUUUUAAAAUCGUUGAACGUAACUACGGGUACCUAUUAUACUCAUAGGUAUAUGUGAAUAAACUUAAAGGCUAUUCACCGUAUAUUCAGUUUCAUCGGUAAAUAUGUGCUUUCAAAACGCGCAUAUAUUAAUCAAGGAAGCGACAAAUUUAGUAACCACCCGCGAUGAUUUCAAACCGAAUGUGAAUUAUUAUUUUGAAGUGGUGGCGAUGUUCCUACUGGCUAUGUAUAAUAUUAUAAUAUUUUGCAUUGUUUUUUUUUAUGUUUCCACUAUAGCCAUAAUUUCAUGUAAAUUCGAAUCAGAAUUUUAUCGCUCAAGUGUCGCGUAGGUAUUAUAAAACACCAAUAGGUAUAAUGUGUAUUUUGGUAAAGAUUUGAAAACACUACAUAUAUAUUCAUGUUCGUUUUGUUUUGUUUACACGGGAUUUAAUAAAAAUAUUACCAUAAAAUAAAUAAUAAUAAUUGUAUGGUUUACACCGCGUUUACAUUGCGGUCACAGAUAUAUACAAAUUUAGGUACGAGUAAAAUAUCCUAUAAAUUACUGUCAUAAUAUUACGCUGCCAGCAUAUUAUAAUAUUGAUGCAACCGUUUUCGGUAAUUUUCGUGGGAAUAAGAAUCUCAUCACUUAAUUAUUAUCAUGAUGAUAUCAGCUAUUAAUGUAGGAUAGUAUGAUAAUAAAAGGUAGAGAGAAGGACUUAUCACUUUCGUCUCCAUAAUUCACACAAAAAUGGCUCGUCGAAACGUCUUCAAUUAUUGGCACUAUAGUUAGCAAUCUGGUAGAUAAAUAUAUCAUAUAUAUUGUGUAUUUGUGACGUGCGUAUAGUUAUCUUUAAUAAUAAACAUUAUUGGGAUUGGAACAAGAAGACAUUUUUGGAAACACUGACCCACACUACCUAUACCGAAAUAUAAAAUAACUUUCGACGUUUAUUUACGUAAUUUGUCAUUGUAAUCAUUAAUUAGUUAUUAAUUAUAAUAUCAAUUUUGUUCGCACGUAAUAAAUAAUAAUUAUUGUCGACUAGUCAUUAUAAUACGAACACAUUUUUUCUGUUUGCCAUCGCAUUAUACGAUGCUAAUUAAUAUUAUUUGAGAACGACUUUGUCUUAAUUUGUUAUUUGUCAAUGCAUAUUAUACCUACCUAUCUAAUUCCUAUUCAUCGGAGUUACGACAGGGCAGCAGCAGCAACAGUUUUGAGAAGAAAAAUAUAAUAUAUUAACCGUUUAAAGGAGAAUAAUUAAAUUAUUAGGUAUUCAAUAGGAAAGCGAGAUAAUUGUUACGUCGUCUAUAUUACAUGCAAGUUUAAAAUGACUCUCGCGGUGUGAUAAUAUAUAUUAUUAUUUAUUACUUUCAAAUAUUACCUAUAGUUGCUAUAAAAAAAUAAAAUGCACGCUGUAAAGAGAUGGUUAAUUUCGAAACAGUUUCGUCUACAGAUUACAUUCGUCCCACCCGGCAAAUGUGACCCGGUCUCAAAACAACGACCGUGUGCAAAUUGACAUUAUAAUGUAGGUGUCCAACAAUUAUAAUAGAAACUCGUUUGAUUCGUAAAAAAAUAUUAUUAUAAUUAUAUAUUCGGCGGCAUAACCGGUUAAAAUAUUAGGUAGGUGACUAGGUACUGAGAAAAUAUUACCAAAAAAAUAAAAUGUGUGCAUUAUAGUAAUAAAAAAAUUAUAUUGUAUACUUGUGACAAAACACUGCAACAUAAUAUUCGUGUUCAGGAAACGAUUUUAUUAUAAACGUGCCCGUGGGUUACUAACAGGAAAUUUAAUCGCACAGAUAGAAUAAAAAACAACAACACGUAUUACAGUGAUGUUUGUUUAACAUUAUAAUAGUGUUUAAGAUCGUGUUGAAAAUAUAUAUUUCAUUUAUUACCUACACACUAUACCUAUUAUGUAUGUUUUGCAUAUUAUAAUAAUUAUUGAAAACCCGUAAAAAGAUAAUCCGCAGGCGUAUAAAAUCGUAAUACGAGAACGGGGUUUUCGACAGUAUUUAUAUUAUGAUGAUUAGGUUAAGUCAGGUUGUCUAUGUAGUGUAAUAUUAUUAUUUACGAAUUUGCCUGCGUCCGUUAAUUAGGAUUUUUUUUAUGUUUGCGUGUUAUAGGACCGUCGGUCUGGCCGAAAUUCUUCCCGCAAGCCGCGGGUUCGUUGCAAUCGCCAGUGAACAUCGAAACAUCGAAAUCAACCAACGACAUGACGCUAAAGUGUAAACCUUUGUACUGGAAUUACUGUCCAGAAGUGUGCACGAAAAUCGUCAACACCGGAUACGGUUGGAAAGUGGACGCUACCGGCGGAGAAGGAUCUGGUAAUUUUUAUUUUAUCGCAUUUUGCCGUAUUGAAAACACGAGUUUUCCAAGAGUAUAAUAAUAAAAAAAAAUCCACAUAUUAUAUUUAAUAUGUGUGUGUAUUCACAAUAAUAAAAACUGUUGUGUAAUGGCGGUACCGAAAUUAUUAGCAAUUCAUGUUUUAACAAUAACUUUUCACAUAAUAUAAUAUAUAUACGACGUACCUAUAUUUUGGGGUUAGGUCGCUAAUAAUGAUCGUAUACAAAUAUACAAUAUACAAUAUUAUAACAUUUGUCUCUAUUACGAAAAUAACGUUUAUUAUUACCGUGAUAUUACUUCCACGCGUGAUAAACUUUAGUAGUAGUGAUGGUAAUUUUAUAAAUGUCCGGAUAUCAAAUAAAAUAAUAUAAUAGCCGGGGAUAAGUAUAAUAUUUAUUGUUUUUAGUUUUCUAAAAAAAAAAAAACCUAAAAAAGUUAGUUAAUUAAGGCGCGGGACAAUUUCGGUUGUAAUAAUAUACAAGGCAACUUUUUUAUUUCCUCGCGUUAUUCCCGAAAAUUAUUAUUUUUUUUUUAAGAUCGGGUUUUCACAAGAAAAUAUAUUACUUUUUUUUUUCAGAACUUUCUGGCGGUCCGCUGGGACACAAGUACAAAUUGGAACAGUUUCAUUGUCACUGGGGAUGUACUAGCUCUAAGGGGUCGGAGCACACCGUUGAUGGAAUACCUUAUGCCGGCGAAGUAAGUAGAAUUCAAGGGGUUUGUAAAUUUUAUUUUUUCGAUACUAAUAAUGCACUACUCGAAAAAAAUAUUUGUUCGAAAUUACCAAUAUUAUAACGUUUUAUAGCAAUAUUAUUUCUGCUCUGCAUGCUAUUACAACGAGCCUGAACUGCGAUGAACGAUAAUGAUGAACGAAUUUUUUUUUCCUUACCUACUCAACGAAUUCCCCGUUAUGGGCCUCUGCGUAUAUUUAUGUUUCGAGUUUUAUUAUUGUUACAUAGCUCUGGUAUAGCGCAACCAUUGUUUUACAUGUAUUAUAUUAUACUUGUAUGCAUUUCACUAGUCAUAUUGCUAUUGUAUUUUUUUUCCUAUUGAUCUCCGGGGAGUUGUCAUUUGAAGUUGACAUAUUGCGAAAACUUCGUUUAUCAAUUCAGUAUGUUAAUGUUAUAUUAUACGCCAUAAUCGUUGUACCUAUUUGUGAACAAAUUUUCGUUUAUUGUAAUAACAUCUAUUAAUGUGGUUCCGAUUUUAAUAAUUUUAUGUAUUUUUUAUGGUUACCUAUAUAAUUUGUGAGUAAUGUUUUGUUAAAUUUAUUUGGACUAAUAAUCUGCAGUGAAUAUAUUUUCCAUCGUGUUCAAGGGACUGCAAUAAAGAGCAGUGACGGAUCCAGUAGGGGGAGCAACGGGUCCCCCUCGCCAAAUACCGUAGUGGAGUAGUAUAUUUUAGUUUAAAAGGUCUAAUUAUUUACUAUUUUUAGUACCAUAUUUGCAUUUUUAUUCCCCCUCCUCAAAAUUAAACUCUGGAUCCACCCCGGGUAAAGAGUACAGCGUACUCGCAUUUACUGUCUCCGUCUCAGAAAUGCACGACAUAACAGAUUUACAUUCAGUAGAAAAAUUUUUUGCCUUUAGUUUUAAAAUAUUAGAAUAAAUUGGCUAAUUACCAGACUUGAAGGAAAUCUGUACUCCUACGUCGGUGUGUUUUUCGAUAUUUUAAUUUUUAAAUUUAAUAUAUUAGUAUGUGAAGUAUGACAAUUUAAAAAUUAUUAUCUUUCCCUUAAAAAUAAAAAUAUCAUAGGUAUAAAGAUAAUGUUCAAGUUUUGUAAUAGGUCAAUUCACGCUAACAUUAAAACUAACGGUAUAAAAUUUGUCCUACUAAACACAAAAUGGCUGUCGUGAAAUUGUAAGACUGAAGACAGUACAUAAGGAUGGGACGUUUUUCUAAAUAAUAUCUUUAAAUAGGUAUUAAUUUUAUUUAUUUAAAACAAAUAAUAAUCCAUUAGCAAAAUACGCAAUUAUGAACAAUGUGAGUUUCAUUUCGGAAUUAAAAAAAAAAAUAAAAAUGGUUUUAAAUCGAUAGUUCCAGUAUAUUAGUUGACUUUAUAUUGAUAAAAAAAAUCGGUUUUUAAGAGCACAGAUAUUCGUGAAUGUAGUCCGACCAAUGUGUAAUAUAUUUUUAUUUUUAUCUAAAUGUUUCAGUUGCACUUUGUCCACUGGAAUUGCGAUAAGUAUAAUUCAUUCAAUGAAGCCAUUGCACAUCCAGACGGUUUAGCAGUACUCGGAGUUUUCUUACAGGUAUUUAACAUAAUCCAUACGAUGUUUUUUUAUUACGAGACCUCCCAAAAAGUUAUGCAUGGUUGAGGGCAAGAUCGUUUAAUAUUAUAUAUUAUGUAGGUCUAGUCCACUCUCGGUUCUAUUAAAAUCAUUAUUUAAUAAUAAUUCAUUGUUGUUUUUCUUAUUUCGAUUUAGCUAUGUAUAAUAUAUGGUGCCGAGUCUGGGACUGAUCUAACAUAUUAUUAUUUGUAAAUAAAUGAUUUGGUAGUAGUAUUGAAUUUAUUAAGACUGCACUUGUUAUUGUUUUUUUUUUUUUUUUAAUUUUUGUUAGCGUUGAUUAGGAACAUUGAAACGGAUCGAGUUCAACCUCCAAUGCGUGGGAUUAAUAUUCACAAUAUUGGUCUCUAAAACAUUUGUACCUGUCUAACAUCAAAAAAAAAAAAAAAAAUAAAUAAAAAAAAUGUAUAGAUCGGUACAAGUAUCGGGGAAAUUAGAAAUUUUUAUCCUCGCGGGGAAUAGAAUACCGUGCAAACUUCUGACGGAUGGGUCUGUUUAUGACUCCGCGUGAGUACCUCACAGUAUAAUCUUGUCUGUCGCAGACACGUAGAGUGUUAUCGAUACUAUAGGAUCCAUCUUUUAUAAUAUAGUUUAGGAAUUAUUAGGUAUACUAUAUUCUGUAAUUAUUAUUAUUUAUCAAUAAUAAUGUCUUAACGAUGUUGUAUACUUACCUAAGAUAAUACCUAUAUAAUAUGUUGUCCCAUUUGUACAAUAUUGAUAACCGGCGUAUCGUUUGGGGUGUUGCGUUACAUUUUUGUUUUCAGGCCGGAACCGAGUGUCACGCCGAAUUGGAAAAAAUCGUGUCGCUGAUUCCGCAGGUGGCCCUGCGCAAUCAAACGGUUAAAAUAUCGAACUCUAUCGAUCCGAAAAAUCUGUUCCCCGGUAAUUAUAUUAAUCAUAUGUGAUAUUAUUAUAAUUUAUUUUUGAUACCCAUAUACCUAUAAACGACAUAUUAUACAUACAUACGAAUAUUUGAUGAUUGUGGCGAUCGUUGAACCGCGUUUACUCAUGAACAGUAUAUUCACCCAGGUACCCAUUCUCACAUACAUACAUACACACGAACACAAUAAUAUGCCAACAUCACGCAUUUGCAUAAUAUUGUUUGCAUAUACUUCACUUUCAGAGGACGUCACUUACUGGACAUAUCAUGGUUCGCUGACGACUCCGCCGUGUUCCGAAUGCGUCACAUGGAUCAUGUUCAAAAACGCAAUUCAAGUCUCCGAAAAACAAGUAAAUCCAUAUUCAAAUAGCAUGUAUGCGUUAAGAAUAUUUAGCAGUCGUAUUUCGGUGGUAAAUGGAAGUCUUUCAACUUCUAUUUGUCAAACCAGAUUCGAACAAAUAAUAUUUUUGUACACAUUACACAUUUCGAUAUGCAUAUAUUAUGUGUGGUGUUUUUAACACUGUUAACACUAAUAUUGAAUUUACCAGUUUAAAGCUUAGACCGGAGCAUUUAACUAUUUUUUUUUUCCGAAUCUGCGUUGAAUAGGGUUGGUUAUUGACAUUUGAAAAUCAAAAGUCAAAGCUUAUAAUACCAUAUUACAAUAAUUGGAAUAAAUCAGAAAUCCUUAAACUUAUAAAAUUCUCCAAUGAAAUCGCUGGAUAAUAAUAACAAAAUCACUCCGUAUGUUUUUUUUUUUUCAUAUCCACAAUUUUUAUCUGGUGAGAAACCCCGCUUAUAUAAAAUAGGUGAAAAGUUGAGAAUAAGAUAAGAUAUAUAAAACAAUUUGAUUUAUAACUGUACGCAACGAUAAAUAAUAAUUGCAACCGUAGUAUUUAUGGUUUCCAUCAAAAUUUGAACUUUUAUGAAAAAAAAAAAAACUAAUAGAAAUGGAGCAAGGCAGCCUAUCUGAUAGAAAAAUUGUACACUGACAAAAAAAAAGCACAUGUCAUGUAUCGGCUUUAUAAACCAAAAUAUUAUUCACUACGCUCAGGAUUUAAAAUUUAGGAAAAAGUUAAUACUUUCCGAGUUAUUGCAAUGGUUAAAUGUUCUUGAGACACUCUGUAUAAUAUAAUUUAAUUUGCGAUAUCUGUACUUCACUCUAUGCCACUUGUGUGACAACGUAUAUAGCGCAAUAUUAAAAUACAUAUCAUAAUAUUAUAUUAUAUUAUUGUUUUAAGCGGUAUAUAUUACGACGUGAUGUACGAGUCGAGAGAUUCUCAUAUUAAUAUAAUAAGCCCCUUUAAAAGUUGACAUUAAUAAUAAAAUUUCAGGUAUUAGGCCCAGCAGCGAGGGAAUUAUUAGGUUUAUAAUAAUGAUAAGUACCUAUAUAUUUUUUUUUUUCGUUCCGAAAAGCACUUUGUGCAGCGACUUAUGGAUUGGUGAUGUACCACCUAUUUAAGAACACAGACGACACUUACAUUUACAAAAAAAAACUCGAAAAACUGUAAGAAGUGUUACAAUAAUAUAAUACUAUGCUAUGGGGGUCGUAUAAUCUGAUCAAUUUUAAUUUCGGCAUUACACUCGCGGAAUCGUUUUUCGAAUAUUACGAUUUAUCGGUGUUGUUUAUUAAGUUUUAAAUAACUAUUAUCGAAUACUAUUAUCCGCGGUGCCAAGUAUGCUCAUAAAUUAUUAAUAACUUUCAGUAUAUUCCGAUUUAUGCAAUCAAUUUUAAAUGCGUUUGUUCAUCUGGCGUUUAUCAAUUAUCACUAAACAGUAAACUUACAUAACUUUUAAUUCAUCCCGGGAAUGAAAAUAUAAAUAUACUUUUCAUUUUAUGUAAGCUACUCAAAUGUAAUUAUGUAAUUAUUUGUGUACAUAAAGUGAGAUGCUUAUUGCCGUUAAUAACCUCUCUGCCACCGCAAAAGACUUUUUUCCAUUAAGUAAAGUUUUCGUAUAAAUUCAUUUUUUUUCCUUCAAAUUAAAAUCGUUUUUUUUUUGUUUUUGUUUUGGUGCAUUUAUAGUGCAUACCUAUAUGUAAAAAUAGUAAAAUAGUAAAUACAUAUUUACUAUUUUUCUUUAAAAACUUAGCAGUUUCGAUUUUGAGUGAACCGAGGAAAAUCAUUGUUUAUACAAUAUUCGGACAGUAUGCAUAAAUAUACUCACGCAGUUAAUUUCAUUAUGUGUGUUGCUAAUUAAACACGGUUUUUCAGAGAGAAAUGUUCAAUUAGUCCAGUUCAAUGCUCCGAAAAUGACGAAAAACUAAAAGGAACUAACUGAACGGCCAGUGUCUAUGAAUACAUGCGAACCUUUUAUUUUAAAUUCUUACCAUUUCACUGAAAAUUGUUUUUUGAAUUGAACAGUAUAGUUUCGAAAAUUAACGUUCUCUGCUGAGUUCUUCGUUAAACCGGGUACCUUUUUAUAGAGUUGUAGAGUGACCGGAUGAAACUUUUCGACUAGUUAUCCCAGUAAUAGUUUUUCUAGGCAAACCAGAAUUCCUUCAUUGAAAAUUUAAUCUAAUACGCAGAGUACAAAAUAUUAUUCCGUGCGUGUUUGUUUUUUUAAGAGUCUCUUGGUAUUUUAUGAAUUCAAAUCAAAAUCCUGUCGAUAAAUAAUAUGUUAUUCAUUAUUUUAAAAAAAAAACAAUAUCAAGUAUGGCGUAUACUUAGAAUGGUUUUUUUUCGCUGCGUAGAUACCUAAUGACUAAUGAGUUCAACGAUUUUUACAAAAAAAUAUAAUAGUUUUUACUGUCGAUUAAAUUAUCUUUAUAAUAAUACAGAGAUAGAAAUUUGCCGAUUUGAAUACCCUUGUGAUAAUAAAAUUCUAUUAUUGACUAAAGUAGAUAAUAAUAUAGUGUAUAUAACGACGGUAUGCACAAUGUAACUUAAAAUUGUAUAAUUUCAUUACAAUGGCUAAUCUGUUUAAAAUAAUAUUCUCAGCAGAGUAAUAAUAAUAAACUAAUAACCAUUUUGACUUUUAAACUUUGAUAAGUUAAUUACGUCACGUCGUCGGUGAUGACGGCGUAUAUCUGUUAAUUAUUCAAAACCCGGUAGCGAUGUUUACCUAUCUACCUACUGCAGGCGUUCGUGUUGAGUAUCAAACGGAGUCACGGACAAUUAUUGAUAUUUAGUAGAUAAUAAUAUGGUAUUCUUCAAAUUACGUUCUCACUUAAGGGCAUAAUCUAUUAUAAUAUACACCAAUUCAAAUUUAAUAGAGAUAUAAUACAAAUACGUUUUUUUUUUUUUUUUUUUAUCAGUCGUGUUACAAUACUAUUCGUCGAUAAACUAAAAAUAGUACUUAAUUUAAUAAUGUUUCGAGUGUUUAAUUUUUUUUUUUUUUUUUUUUUUUUUUUUUUUUUUUUUUUAUGCACAGAUAUAUUUGUAUACUAAUAUUUUCAAGUUUAAAAUGAAAUAAUAUACCCAUCGUAUUAUAUACUCUUGAACAUUACAUUAUUACGAUGUGCGAUUAAAAUAUAAUAUGAUUUAUGAACCGAUGGCAUACACUUAUCGUAUAUAAGAGUCUCAAUAGUAUCUGAGUAUUGACUGUUCAGUGUCGACCUUGUUCACUGUAUACGUUAUUGUAAUGGGUAGCGGUAUCUGCAGUGGUAGCGGAAAGCAUACGACAUUUUUCGACCUCGAAAUUCUGACGGGCGAUGACAAGAUAGAGUUGAGAAAAAAAGAAAAAGAAACAAAAUAAAAAAAAAGUCUUGGCCACCGCUAUAAGGUAGGCCGCUGUUGUAGGCUAGGCUAGAAACAUAAAUGUUAUAAUUCAAAUAUAUUCAUAUCGCCUUUUUUUGUGUCAGUUUUUAUCCCACUCAUUAUUAAAACGAAGUAUUAGGAAAAUAAAAAUAAAAAAUGGCCCCGAUGUCGUCGACUGGACAACAUAUACUGUCAGAAACCGUUCUCGAAGUUGAUGAUCGGAGCAAGAUUUCCGUCUCUUUUCAAUAUAAGUUAUUAAAAGACAGAAAAAUAAAAUCACACAGUAAAACAGUAAUACAUUCCCCGCUUUGAUCAAAAUCGAAGACGCGUUCGUUAUAAUAUGAAUAUUCUACGACAAUGCCGGUAGUUAUACGAAGUCUGCUACUGCUGUCGACUGAAAUUCGAAUAAAAUAUUAUAUCUUAUAGAAUUGUAUAAUUUAAUAUGUAGAACAACUACGUGAAUAACGUAUGCCAUCGUAUAAAAAAAAUACCGUGCGUACACGAAUAAACAACAUUAAUGGGCAAUAAGCUAUAACGAGACAACAUUGAAUCGAGAAAAAGAAGCCCUGCAAAUGUGUAUAUAUAUAAAAAAAAAAAAAAACUAUCGAAAACAUAUUGUCUCAUUUCGAUUAAGUCGCUCGUAUAUUAUGAUAUUAUGGUCUGGAAUCGACGAGCGAUGACAAUAUUUGAACUUUUAACGACGUCAAUAAAAUUACAAAUAUGCAACAAAUUAAAUUUUAUUUUUCACCGUUAAACGCGUAUAUUGUAACUGAUGCAUUUAUUUAUACAAAGAAUUAAAACGUGCAAUCAUUUCAGCAAAGUCAUUAGCGUCAGCCGAUUGGAAAUAAAUUAUACGGCUGUUAAAAACAGCCUAUAGUCAAGUGCGUCAUGUUUUAAACGAACGCUGGUAAUAAAAAUGAUUUCUCUUGGGCAUGGUUUUUUUUUUUUUUUUUUUUUAACCAAAUUUAAAUGUUUUUUCACCGCCUGAAAGGCGACAGCAGCGUAGACCGAGUAAUUAAAAACCAUUAAACAAUUUAUUAAUAAUAAUAGGCGUUAAUUAUCGCUGUGCUGAAAAAAUUGAAACUGCAAACAAACAAAUCAAACGAGAACAUGUAUAAUACAUAUAGAUCAUUUUCGGGGCGCGAGUAACACUAAACUUCAAAGUCGUGGUUUUUGUGGUCUUUGAAUAACUGCUGACGCGAAAGAAAACCGUCGUGACCGCUGUUUGACAAGAAUGAAUAAAUCGUAAUAACCGAAUCGUAGUUUUAAAGUUUACAACAAGUACAAGUCCCUAUACAAAGUAUUAAAAAUCAUAUUACUCGUAUAAUAUUAUUUAUUGAGCGUUUUUCAUGUUAGUAUAUUAUUGUAACAUUACACUUAGGUUCAACUACGUAAACUAUUUAAUUUUGUUUUAAAAUUCUCAACUUCGUUUGAACAUUAUAAUUUAUAUUUUCUAAUAUUACCUUUGUUCAACCGAACGAGCAUGUGUAUUAUGGUAAAAAUGUCGUGGAACCCGACAGAAAAGUUCAGAAUAACUGGAUAUAUUAGCACGACAAUGACGUGCGUAGAUAAUUUAAUUUCUAACCGAUAUUUUAAACGGGUACCCGAGAAAAUAUGUGUACGUUUCCGCAACAUAUAUUAUAUUAUUUACAGAAUAAAUGAUGUGUUAAAUAAAAUGUAUAACCAUCGUUUGAUUAUUUUUGUUGGGAAACCUGUUAAAUUUUCAAGCAUGUCUGACAAUUUUGUCUACAGAGUAACUAUCGAAUAAAAAUUACGUAAAGAACUUGCAAAAUUAAAAUGUCUAUAAAUAGCUCAAAAUUGGCUUAGAUGUUUUGAAAAUUGAUCACGUCCAGAAAAGACAAAUAUAAGUUUUCUGUUUUAUCUGUCAAAUUUCGGUUUCUGCAAAUAUUUUUAACUGAAUUAUAAUAAAAAAAAAAAAAUUUAAAUAAUAAAAGAAUUAUUUUCACAAAUUUUUCCGUUUACCCUACGUCUUUACCCGAUUAUUAUGAAAGCCGAUUAGAAAAUCCAAAAAAAAAAUCACCUUAAAGUACCAAAUAGAUAAAAUUUCCUUUACAUGAUGGAUAUAUCGGAAAAAAAAAAUAAAUAUCAUUGUAAAACUAAUACAUUUCUCGCUACGCUCCGAAUCUAAAAUCUGUUGAUUUUUUACACAAAAUCUUGUCGGGUCGCAGGGGUAAAUAAAGGAAUUUGAAAAACCGUAAAAGUAUAAACCACAAAAUUAAACGAAUUCAAAUUUGUUAAGGAACUUUUAUAUUACGCAUUUGGCAAAGUGUUUCUUGUCGUUCAAUUUGGUAUUUGGAUCUAUAUGGAAUAAUAUAAAACUGUAAUAAUAUGGACUGUGCACGUCUCCCAACAUUGUUUAAAAGACAUAACCAACAUCUGAGUUUAUCACAGGAUAAUAUUGUAAUAUAUACUGUAUAUUAUUUUUUUCCACAAUCACGUUUGUUUUAAAAUCACUCUCUCCCCCUCUUUCUAUCGACUUUUUUCCAUCGAUUCUUUUCUCGUUCUGCCGGUGGUCCAUUUCUCAAUAUGUCUACGGUCCAGACUAUCGCCCAACGUAACCACUUUGCCGUUUCUCUGUUCGCAGCUGAACGCGUUCCGGAACAUGCGCAUGACAACGCCCGAAGAGUGUUGCUCGGACCCGCACGGUGGACCACAGCUGGUCAACAACUACAGGCCACCAUUGCCGCUGGGCAACCGGGUUCUCAGGGAAUGCGGAGCCAUGUGAGGCCAUGCUGACCAUCCACCGUCUCGGGCCCGCCACCAGAGCGCUCCCUGGACGACGACGGCGAGACAUCACGAUAUUAUUAAUUUCUUUCGUUGUAUACAAAUCAAACGUCCGUCGUUUUUCUUUUCUAUUUAGAUUUUUAUUUUAUUUUGCCGGAUGUCGUGCUACACGCGUUCGCAGCUGCUGACUAUUAUAUUACACAUAUACGGUAGUCAUAUUAUCAUUAUUAUUAUUAUUAUUAUUGCUAUAAUAUUGUAUUUUCGUUACGAGAGGUAACAUGAAGUUUUGUACGCGUUUUUUUUUUUUUUAAUAUAAUAAAAUAUAUAUUAUAUUGCACAAAAUAACGCGACCGUCUCAUUUGAUGAUAAUAAUAACAAUAAUAUAAUUAUAAUACUAUUAUUAUUUACAAAUCAGUUCUCGGCUCGUUAUAUCGUUAUUCGUUCAACGCGCAUCGUUCUUUAUUUUUUUUUUUUUUAUUUCUAAUCGUCAAUUAUCGCAUACGUUUUAUUAAUCAACACUGCACGUGGGUCCACCGUUUUUACAUUAUUAUUAUAUACACGUUUGAUAUUAGUUUUUAUAAUAUUUAUACUUUAGGUUGAGUGAUGUUUUUUAAAUAAAUUAUAUUAAUUUAUUUUGUCUACCAUUCUAUAAUAAUAUAUUGUUCGUAUAAUAUUGGCUCGAUUUAUCUAAUAUUAUACUGUCCCGAUCAAAUCGUGUAUUUGUAUGAAAUAUUUUCCAAAUGAUACAAUAACAUACGCCAUAAAACAAUACGGUGUUUUAAUUUAUU